AUGGCUUCCAAGACUUUCAUCGUCACCGGUGCCUCGAGAGGUAUCGGUCUCGCAACGGCUAAGUUCCUCCUCUCGGCGCCUCAAUCCCACAAUGUGGUUGUGAUGGCCCGUAGCGCGGAGCCCCUCCAGAAGCUGAAAGACCAGUACCCCACCCAAGUCGAGGUCCUGACCGGCGAUCUGGCGGACUUCUCGCUCGGCCAGAAGGCCGUUGACCUGGCCUUGAAGGCGUUCGGCCGCCUUGAUGGCUUGGUUCUCAACCACGGCAUGCUGGGUCAGGUUGCCAACGUUGCAGAGGCGGAUCCGCAACAAUGGCAGCAUGGAUUUGAUGUCAAUUUCAUCAGCUUGGUGGCGUUUAUCAAAGCAGGACUCCCUGCCCUUCGCGAAUCCAAGGGUAAGAUCGUCUUCACGUCUUCCGGCGCAUCCGUCUCGGGAUUCAAGGGAUGGGGUCUGUAUGGCGCGACCAAGGCAGCCAUGAACCACCUGGCUUUGAGCCUUGGGGAAGAAGAGCCCGAGGUGACCUCUGUGUCUAUUGACCCGGGCUUGGUUGAUACCGAAAUCCAGAGACAGAUUCGUGAAGAUUUGGCUACUACUAUGGACCGUCAAUUCCACUCUGUGUUUACUACAGCCCACCAGGCUGGAAACCUCCUGAAGCCCGAACAGCCUGGUCAUGUAAUGGCUAAAUUGGUGAUUGACGCGCCGAAGUCGCUGACUGGCAAGUACUUAACCCUACCCACAAUUUGGGGAACGGCUAAAGAGUGA